GGACUUGUCAAACCUGCGUUCAGCAGUUAUGCUUCUUACAAUCUUGUAACUAAAAAUAGUUUGUUUUUGAGGUUACAUUGCACAUUUCUAGCCCAACCGACCCUCACUCAAAUAACACCUGUCAAUGUUGAACAGUAUUCUUGGCAGCAUGCGGAGAAACACCAAUGUCCAGAAAAUUGGGAAUGAGGACGACAAGCUUAGAUAAAUAUGAACUUGAAGGUUGCAAUUCCUCUUGCGCACAAUUCUAUACUUGUUCAUAGCUCAAAAUGGAAAGAACACAAGCUACCUCUCAGGUGUUUCGGCCAAGUACGUUACUACAAGCGGACCGUUCCUUUUGCGAAGGAAUGAACCGUGCUCAAGCAACCUCCCAAUUUGUUCUCGCCAACCACCCUGACUCUGAAAGUACCAUAUCCGCUCCUAUAUUCCAAGAGUUUGAAGUCAGUGUCAAGCAAGCCAGAGCUCGAGGAACAGUUUACGGUCUUGCGUGUAACGACUUGGGCAGCGCAAUGUCUGUAGAAUCGCAAGCGACGUCUCGGUCCCGGAGCGCUUCGAUUGGUAGUCUAGCAAGGAAAAGCGCCCUGUCGUGUGCCGAAUCCUUGGAACCCGUUGUUGUGGAUCGUUUUUCCACGCUGACACGGCCGAAGGAAGGAUGUUCGUCGGCUGGGGCAAAAUGGGGGAAAGGCAAACGGGGAUUUGUCCGCAAAAUGCGGAGAUUGUUCGUGCGAUGAGUUUUCACUUUUGUUAUUGGCUUGGUGGGAUGUUGAUUGUAUAAUUUGCGAUGUACCCGGCGUACCGGUUGUAUUUCCUUGUAUUUAAAAAAUUGAGCUAGUCUUAAGCGAAGGGAAUGUGCGCAGUCCUCUUUUCUGUGGGAUUUCUUUUGACGAGCCUGGUUCGUUUUUCCUGCAUUUUACGUUCUUUCGGAAUACCAACGUACUAGUCUUU